UUGUUUUGCACAAAACACCCUCUCCUUUAAAGCGACGCUUUGGUAUUUUGUCCCUAUUGCUGUGCCGUAGUUCUGCUGUAAAACAACGGUAGCUGUCGCAAACCUUCAGUCCAGCAACAGAGGUCACAACAAACCAGUCAGCAUGGGAGGUGACCACGGCCACAACAAGACGUCCAUGCCAGACUGGCGGCAGUGGAAGACAGAGGGAACACCAAUGGAGUUCACACAGCAGAGGCUGGCAGCCCGGGGCCUCAAGGACCCGUGGGCACGCAACGAGGCGUGGAGAUACAUGGGCGGCUUCGCUCGCAGUGUGCCUCUGUCUGAUGUGCUGCUGAGAGGAUUCAAGUGGGGCUUUGCCGCCUUUACUGUUGCUCUGGCUGUAGAGUACGCCCUGUUCCCACCCAAGAAGGGCGGCCACUAAUGCUCAUCAUUGUCCCUCAAGCCCAGACCAUAAUGGAGUCUAAUAAUAUUCUGUAUUUUCUGUUUAUUAAAUAUUUGUUUUGAUCACUG